AUGGUGAGGAAAAGCAAGGGUCGUCAGAAGGUGGAGAUGGUCAAAAUGGCCAAUGACAGCAACCUUCAAGUGACUUUCUCAAAGCGCCGCUCUGGUCUCUUCAAGAAGGCCAGCGAGCUUUGCACGCUCUGCGGCGCUGAGAUAGCCAUCAUAGUAUUCUCACCUGGUAGGAAGGUCUUUUCCUUCGGCCACCCCUGCGUGGAGACUGUUGUAGACCGUUUCCUCACCCGAAACCCUCCUCUCCACCACCAGAACUCGGGCACCAUGCAGCUCAUCGAGGCUCACCGCAACGCUAACGUUCGGGAGCUCAAUGCCGAGCUGACUCAGGUCUCCAACGAGCUGGAGGCCGAGAGGAAGCGAGGAGAGGAGCUGAACCGGGUGCAGAGGGCGAGCCAGGGGAAUUGCUGGUGGGAGUCUCCUAUUGAGAAGAUGGAGAUGUCACAUUGUGAGCAGCUGGGGGGGUCUCUAGAGGAGCUGAAGAAGGCUGUGGCUAAGCAGGUUGAUAGGCUUCUGAUUCAGACCACCACAAACCCUAAUUCGUAUUUCGCAGCAGGUAGCUCUGGUCAUCCAACUCUGAUCCCUAAUGGUGGGUUCAAUGGAAUGGCUGUUAUGCCUACUCAUCCCCAUCCUCAUGCAUGGAAUCCAGGAUAUGGUCGCUUUUUCUGA